GCGUUUAAAAUAGAUUUGUCAAAGUUAUAUAAAUAACACUCCCGCGCCUACGCCUUGUCGUAGAUAGUAAAAUCAUAUGGUGAUAUGGUUUGGUAAAAAAAUGAGGUUAGAUUGCAUGAUACUGUAUAUAACAAAGUUUAUCGCAACGAUAAACUGAUAAGUAACUCAACACAUCAAGCCGGAUUAAUCAUUUACAAGGAAUAACGAUUGUAUCGUCCACUUAAAAAAGAAAUUUUCAUACAAUUCGUUAAAGAUUAUGAUGAACGGAUAGAUGCCGGUUGUUUAAUUGUGCCCGCGCCGCCGCUGCAGUUACGCGGACGCAGCGAAACACAAACAAUUCCUGAGGUGGAACGACCUGCCUUUGUUUUGAGACGAGUUUCAAACUUUACUUGACAUGUGAAUACUGAAAAUGGCUCUGUCCUCGAAUUGUUGGAAAUAUCUUGUACUAACCUUCAAUGUUUUAUUCGCUAUGUCGGCAGUGGCGCUAUUUGGAGUUAGUGGAUUUCUCGUAUAUCGACUAUUUAUUUACCGGCACUUUAUCCCAGUAAAUGUGGAGUAUCCAGCAAUAUUACUAUUAAUGAUGGCGAUAAUUACAUGUUCUGUAGCAUGGAUUGGAUGGCGAUCUGCAAAAUCCAUGCAUCAGUUUCACGUCGUUAUGGCUGGCCUCCUGAUCGUUAUAGUGGUAGUCAUUGAGUUUUCAUGCUUCGUUUGGGCGAUGGUUGUAUGGGAUAACGUUGAAAUCGACAUAAGGAGUACAAUGACGAAAUACUUUAUGGAUACCAGCAAGUUUGAAGACCCUAAUUCUGUGGAUUCAUUACGAUGGGAUAAAUUACAUGUUCAGUUCGAGUGCUGCGGCAUCAGUGGUCCCGGCGAUUACUCGGCGACCAAACACGUGCCGUUCUCCUGCUGCGGCCAGGGUCCUUUGGACUCGCUGCACAAGCCCUACACCGCGGACUGCACUACGCUCUACCAGCGUGGCUGCGGGAAACAACUUCACCAGUAUACGAAAGACCAAUUACUGUUGGUCGCUAUGACCGCGCUGACGGCUUCCAUAUUACAGAGCACUGGUGUUUUCUGUACGUUUUUCCUUGCGCAUGCUAUUUUGGCGCGGCGUCGGGCGUCCAUAAGGCAUUCUGUUUCAAUGAGGGAAGCCACUUUCUCAGCACCGGAUGAUUCCUUAUUAGCUCCAACAGCACCCGCGCCGACUUUGCCUAAGUAUUAAACGUUAUAACGUUCUAGAACCCCGAACGGUUAAAUCACAACCGUCCGUAGGAUUUUGUCCUUACUUGCCAAAUGUUUUUAUACUUGUGUAUUUUAGUAUUUUAUAUUUAUAUUUAUUUACCUUAAUUAAACAAAUAAUAAUUGUAAGUAAAGUGCACAACAAAACUAUGUGGCGUUUAUGGUUGAUUGUGGUUUACAAGUAUUAUUGAAAAACAAACUUCUGUGCAUUACGUCUUUUGACGUCAUCACACUCGAGUCUCCUGUUAUUUUCCACUUAUAUGACGUAAACACAAAAAGGGUUCUCAACUUUUAAAAAUUAGACGGACACGGGCUUAAUUACGCUGGUAUAGUGAGCGGUUGACUGCAUUUUUGCAGAUAUGCUUGCAUCACAACACUUUCAUACACCAUUGGUAUUUUCUAUCAAUAAGUUCUUCAUAUUUACAUUAUUAAAGGUAACAGUUUCUGGCGCCGAGUUUCGUCAUCGGACGACACGACAGACUGCCAAGUAGCAUCUUCACCAUCUCGAUGGCUGGCAUUCUACAACCGUGCGGUUUUUUCGGAACUUUCUGCCUCGCACAGCCGCGUUGUGAAACGGUCUAUCCUCGGCGGUAUUUUCAAACCAAUACGAAGGGUCUUUCAAGAAGCGAGCCUACCAUUUCCUCAAAGAACGAUAACGCAUCUGUAGUUCCUCCGGUGUUGCGGAUGUCCAUGGGCGUCGUAGAUCAUCAUGUACCCGCCGCUCGUUUGCCCCCUUUUAUUAUAAAAAACCUAUGUAAUGCAUACAACCACAUAGGUUAUCUUUACAUCAUGUAAUAAGCAUAUACGUUAUCGACAAAUUGUACAGACGGAUGCUAAAGAAAGUGGAACGAGCUAAGAAACCUGUUAGUAAUUGUGCAACAACGCCUGAGGCAAUAACGUAACUUGUGAUAAGAGAUCCGAAGCUUUUACUCGCUGUGACCCAAAAACUGUCAUAAACAUUAAUGUGUGAUGUCAAUGUAGUGUGAUAAAAUUGUCUUGAUACGGUAAUAAUGUCAUGUAUUUUAGAAUUAAUACAAAAAAAAAUCCGUUUUAAAAGUAUCAAACUAUCAAUAAUGAACAAAUUAUUAAUGAUUCUGUUAUGCAAUAUCUAUGCAAGUAUCAAGAAUCAAAGGUAAUCUAUAAUCAAUCGCUGUCCGUAAAAAAAAUUAAGGGGCUGGCACUUAGCAACACUUCAUUUAAAACAAUACGUAUGUUUUUAUACCAGUUAUGCGACCACUUAAAAAAUUGUAAGCCAAGCUUUGUUCGAACUAGCCUAUACCUCGCUGUUAAAAUUGACAUAUAGAAGUGGUACAUUUUAUACGAAUACAUUUUAGUGUGUAUUGGACCUUAUAGUGUGAUGACGUCACGCUGUUUUCCAAUAGGAUUUUUUUGAUAAUAGUGGUUUUUGAUGGAUAAAAAUACAUACCUUUUUAAAUUUAAAAACGACUAAAGAUGUUUGGUGAACAUAAAAUUGCAAUUUUUCUCGAAUUAUCUGUGUUGAAUUAAAAACGACCUGGAUUUUUGCCUAAGUAUUUUAUUACAUAAUUAUU